AUGGGAUCAGGCCUUUCUCACAAUCACCGGAGCAGCGUCUCGCCUCAGCAGCAGCCGUCGUCGGCCCGCGUCAUCGCCGCCGACGGCUCGCUGACCGAUUUCCCUGCCUCCACCUCCCCUAUCAGCGUCUCCGACGUUCUCGGCGAUAAUGCGGGACGCCGGUUCUUCAUGUGCAGCUCCGACGCGCUCUACUUCGACGAGGACGUGCCGGCGCUCAGCGGCGGCGAGCUGCUCCGGCCCGGCCAGAUAUACUUCGUGCUCCCCGCGGCCAUGCUUCGAAGGCCCCUCUCGAGCGCCGACAUGGCAAACAUGGCGGUGCGCGCGAGCGAGGCAAUCGCGACGGCGAGAGCACGGCCAGCGCGCGGCGUCAGGAAGGCGCGCGUCACGCCGGUGCAAGCCGAGAGCGAACCUGGUAAUGUCGACGGCCGAGUCAACGAGAAGCUGAACGAGAGGACACUGGGGGAGGACUCUCUGACAGGUUCGGGUAGUCCGACGAGAAAUGGCAAGAGGCUGGCGGUGGCAGCGUUUCCGCCGGCGAAGAGGUUGCUCACGCCGCUGGGCACCAUCGCUGAGUGA